AGUACUUGACCAAACGGCUUGUUGCGUAUAGUUCGAAAUGUUUUGAGAGAAUUAGCAUUUAUCUGGAGCUAAUUCUUCCAGGUCAACGCGUUUUUAAUCAAUGAGUCUUUUUAUAACAGGUAAAGAAGUGAAAUUAACGUUCGGUUUAGUUUAUCAUCUAAUUACUACUUCCGUUUUCCUGGACUAUGUCGGAGGAACCGAGCAGCUAAGCUAACGGUUCGCUUACAAGGGCUAACAACAAACGGGCCGGCAUCAUGGACGUGAGCAUCGCGGUGUCGCUGAUCCGGGGUCAGAUGGGCGCUGUGGUGGAGCGGGCGGUGAACGGCGCCGUGGAGACGGUUCUGGCCGAGAUGCUGAAAGUGGUGGGAGUGAAGUUCGAGGAGCUGAAGGCUCAGGUGAUGCUGAUGAAGAGGGACAUGGUGGCGCUGCAGAGGGAGAAGGCUCUGAAAGAGAAGGAGAACGACAACAUCCGCGCUAAGCUGCGCUACACGGAGCUGAAGCUGAAGUACUACCGGCAGGGCGUGGAGGAGGAGCUGCAGCAGAGAGCCGCCACCCUGGUGUACAUCCACCCCCACAGCUUCCCCCGCACGCAGCCAGGGGGCGCCACUGAGACCGCCACUUCCUGCUCCGCCCACAGCUCAACCACAGAAGAAGAGACUGUGGAGAGAAGCAGCGGAGUCUUGCAGGAGGACGAGUGGAGCUUCAGUGUUCAGCCUGAAGCAGAAAGACUUGAGGCGGUGGAUGACCAGGCCGAUGCCUCCACGCUGCCCCCUCCUGCCCUGCAGGUGAAGCAGGAGGAGGUGAUCUGUAUCAAGGAGGAGGAGGAGGAGGAGGAGGAGCAGGAGCAGGAGCAGGCGCAUGAGGAGGCGCAUGAGGAGGUGCAUGAGGAGGUGCCGGCUAUGCUGCAGCAGGUUCAUCGUCCAGAGACGGAGAGGACGAUGAUGGAUUGGUCCAGACUGACCCAGACGAGUCCUGAGACCUUCAGCUCAGGCCAGACCUCCUAUCCUCACUCGGCCUCCUCCCUGUCCUCCGUGGCCCCCCCUCAGUCUGGGCCCCCCCCUCGGUCUGGGCCCCCCCCUCGGCUGCCGUCCCGUCCCUGGACCAAGGACCUCGGCCUCUAUGAGGAGUUCAAGCUGCGCAGGAACGAUCUGCGACGGAGGAACCUGAACCGGCGGCGGGAGCUGGAGAAGACGCUGCCUCAGCCUCUACUGGCCGACCUGCUGCAAGAGCGCCGAGAGAAGACCAGGCUGAGGGUGGCCAGGUGGAGGGCCAAGAGGAAACUCCAGGCCUGUCUGAACCAGGCUCAGACUCAUGGUGGCGCUGCAGGUCUUUCUCACCUGGGUUUUCCUGUCAGUCUCCAGCAUCAGCAGCUCAGAGGUCAGAUCAACCUUCACCAGACGUCUCUGUUCACGCAUCCACAGACAAAAAAACUAAAGAUAAGAGAUACACCAAUACUCAGAGCGUCCAAUCAGAGCUCAGCGUCGUCUCCGUCCAGCAGCGUCCUCAGAAACAUGUCCACCAGCGUCUCUGCUGUCCCUCCCAUCCCUCCCCCCUCCUCCCCCCACCCCCAGGUCAGCCAAUCACAGAAGAGCAUCUCCCUGACAGACACUGAGCGUCAUACAUUAAAAGACUCAAACUGAAGCUUCGCUCAUCGUGACCAAGUUUAAUCAGAUUCAUUCAACGUGCUCCUCUGUAUUUAUUACACUGUAAAUAAUAAUCAGCUGUUAUAAUAAAGGUUGAUUUGAACGCCUGGGUCUAUCCACCGACUAUCUUCUGAGAGAUGGCUC